UGCCACAACACUAGCAACGAAUCGAGAGACGAUUCUGUUUUACGUUAAUUUUUUGAUUAACAAAUAAUUUGUUAUUAUUUAAUAAAUAAUACAAAAUACUUGAUGUAGUUUCGCUAAUUAGAAUUGGAAAACAUAAUGGAUAUACCACAGCCUCCACAAGAUACCGAAUUGCGGAAUAUAAUAGACAAAUUAGCUCAGUUUGUUGCCAGAAAUGGGCCAGAUUUUGAACAGAUGACAAAAAACAAACAGAAAGGAAACACAAAGUUCCAGUUCCUUUUCGGAGGGGAAUUCUACAAUUACUAUCAAUACAAAGUGCAAACGGAACAGGCUAGUAUGAAUGGCUCCUCGCAAAAUGGCAAUUGGAAUCAGUGUAUGCAAAGCAUGGACGAAACAGAGAUCGAACAGUUGACACAGCAACAGGAGGUGUUGCGUGAGCAAAUUAAGCAAAGCGAACAAAACCUAAAUGCUCAGCACACUGUGCUGCUCCAACAACAGCAAGCACAAGUCGAAAAUCUGGUGACGAAAUGCGAAAUGGCCGAAUUACAAAGGGAGGCGGAGGCUUCCGAAUUGCCCUUAGACGAAUUGUACGCGAUACUACAGCCGAUAAUCGAUAGCUGCACCAAAGAUAGCAUAAGUAAUGGAAAAUCGUGGAUCUUACAGCAUUCGUCAACGAAGCUUCAAACCUUAUGCAUCGCCCACUGUUUGCUGUACAAAGUUAUGCAUAAUAGCUCCACCUUUCCCCAGAAACUGCACGUCAUUUACUUGGUUAACGAUGUGCUUCAUCACUGGUAAGACAAUUGUGCGUGUAUGUUGAAUUAAACAAGGGGGAAAUCGCAAUGCGGAAUAUCGAAAAACCAUUUCCGGAAUGAAUCUCAGAUCUCACAGUGGUAGAAAUAACUAAAUUCAUGUGUACAGGGUGUUUCAAUUUUGGGGUCCCCAUAGAGAACGUUUUUGUAGAAACGAUUUUGACCUAACUAAUUGGGCAACAUUGCAAUUUUGAAAAAAUUAUCAAAGUCCUCGUUUGAGAUCGAAGGGACUUCAGCGCAUUUU